GGACGCUAAAGCACCAUUUUGAAAUAAACACCUCGGUCUCUACCUCUUAUGAACACAUCAGGAUGAGAAUGUGGUGAAGCACGUCUAACACUCAACUAGAGCUGCAUUCGUUGACCGGCGGACUCCAUGUGUUGAUAAUUUCAUCAUGAUCGUCUUCUGACGGAUGCACUUCGGGUAGUCCUCGUCUUACGGCGCCCGUACGGUAGUAGCGAAGCUUUAAAAUGCUGCUCAAGUGCUGGAACUUACUCUAACAACCUGCAGUUCCAAAAUGUUGUUGAAAUCACUCUCAACGCUGCUGAUGGGGGCAGCUGGAGCCUUUGCUGCUGCUGGACAACUUCAGCAGGUCACCAACUUCGGCAGUAAUCCAACCGGGGUUCAGAUGUUUGUCUAUCGACCUUCCCAACUUGCCCACCCAACGCCCCUCAUCGUCGCUGUCCACUACUGUACCGGGACAGCGCAGGCAUAUUUCUCUGGAACUCAAUAUGCUAACCAGGCUGAUACUCACGGAUACAUUGUCAUCUACCCAGAUGCGCCAGAUCCCGGAGGUUGUUGGGACGUACAUACCGAUGGAACACUCCACCAUGACUCCGGAGGAGACUCGUUGGCGAUCGCCUCCAUGGUUCGCUACGCGAUUUCCAACUAUGGCGUUGAUCCCAGUCUCGUCUUUGUAACUGGAACAUCAUCUGGUGCCAUGAUGACGAACGUACUUUUGGGUGCCUAUCCCGACCUUUUCAAGGCUGGAUCUGCCUUCUCUGGUGUUCCCUACGGAUGCUUCGCAGGUUCUAGCUUGUGGAACAGCCAAUGCGCCACUGGUCAGCUCAUCAAAACGGCGCAACAAUGGGGAGACCAAGUUCGUAGUGGGUACUCCGCUUUCUCUGGUACUCGCCCGAAAAUGCAAUUCUGGCAUGGCUCCGUUGACACUACUCUCUAUCCCCAAAACUUCUUCGAAGAAAUCAAACAAUGGACCAACGUCUUUGGAGUCUCCCAGACACCGACGAGCAAUCAGACCGGUAAUCCUCUUUCCAAUUAUUGGCGCGCUUCCUUUGGCCCCAACGUUCAGGCGAUAUUUGCUAACGGGGUUGGGCAUACGGUACCCGAACGCGUUGACGACGUCUUGGCUUGGUUCGGUUUGACAAAUGUCAGGCCAGGCAAUAGUCCCAGUAACCCGCCUUCGAGUACUACUACGACAACCGCACCUACCAACCCACCCUCCAACCCUCCAACUGGUGGUACGGUUCCCCAUUGGGGACAGUGUGGUGGAAUUGGCUGGACCGGAGCAACAGUUUGCGAGUCUCCCUACACUUGUACAGCGAGUAACCAAUACUACUCACAAUGCCUGUAAUCGUGAAACCAUUUGUAUUUACUAAGCCUCUCAACCCUCUCAACCGGGGGAAUUUGAUUCUUUGCUCCCGUUUUCCACCAAC